AUGAUACAAAAUAAAGAAUACACAACGAUUUUAUUUAAGAGAUUACUUCAUUCAGUAGUUUUAAGAAACAAGAUAUUUCAGAGUGUUAGAGAUAUUCAUGAUCAACUUGCAAUCAAUUCAUUGAGAUGUGAUUGGUAUGAUCUUGCUUGUUUCCCAGAUCAGCUGAUCAAGUUCAAUUAUAUCGAAAGAUAUAAACAGAUAUGCAAUACAUUAAUUAGAAAUAAAAUAGAAUAUAAUAAUCAUAUAGAGGAAGGUCGCAUUGUUUUGAAUACAAUCAGAAAGUUUAGACAAUUAUAUUUAGAUUCAUCGAGGAAUGCAUUCGAUGUUGGAAAUCUAGAUGUUUUAGAGUUCAUUCAAAAGUUAUUCCCAUUGAAUGAAUUAGAAUAUACUCUUUACGUCAAUAGGGAUCACUACAUGAAUAAUCUAGAGAUCAUUCAAUUCCUUCAUAAUAAAGCACCGCGAUGGUUCAAAUCACAAGGUUCAAGAGUAUUGAAUAAUGUUGCACUUGGUAGUUUUCAAGUAUUCAAAUGGCUUUACGAGAAUAGAUCAGAAAGACCUGCGAGUCUCACAUAUUUCAAUGCUGUCAGUAGUGGAAAUCUUGAAAUUAUAAAGUAUUUGAAUGAUAAAGAGAAACAAACGAAAACACCAAAUAAUUUAAUAUUAAAUGCAGCUGUGAAUGGACAACUGGAAACACUCAAAUAUCUACACGAGAACAUGAAGUUACAGUGCGACAGUGACAUUGUUGAACAAGUAGUUGGAGUUAAUGAACAAGUUGAAGGUCAUCUUGCUAUAGUCAAAUACCUCAUGGAGAACACCAAGCAACAACUUCCAAAUACGUUGAUUGAUGAAGCUGCCAAGAAUGGUCAGAUUGAACUAGUUAAGUAUUUAGUUGAGAAUACGACUGCCAAGUUAAGUAGUAUUACAAUGGAUGCUGUUGCUUGUCAUGGUGAUCUAGAGUUUCUCAAACAACUUCACAGUAAACAUCAUAUUAAUUGCACAUCUACAGCAAUGCACAUGGCAGCAGUAAACGGACACGUUGAAGUGGUCAGAUUCCUUAAUGAAAACAGAACUGAAGGUUGUCGAAAAGAUACAAUGAAACGUGUUGCAAUGAAUGUUCAUUUCGAGACAUUCAAAUAUCUUUUUCAGAAUAAAAAAGAAUUAGAUAUUCCAACUAACUCGAUCGACUUCUUUGCCAAGUAUAAAGAUAUCAGUGCACUUCAAUGGUUCAAAGACAAUACAACUCUACAAUGUUCACAGUAUGCUUAUAGAUAUGCAAUACGUCAAGCAAAUCUACCAGUGAUCGAAUGGAUUCGUGAUAAUACAAGUCUUCCAUUUCCAUCGAAUUCAUUGGAAUAUGCAUCAAAGUUGGAGAAUAGUGAUCUCAGAAUCGUUCAAUAUCUUCAUGCCAAUGGUGAAACCUGUUCAGUAAAAGAAUUGAAAAGUUGUCAUAAACUUUCAAUAUUUAAGUUUUUAUAUUAUACCCAAUCUUUGAAAUCUGACAAAGAAACAUUGAAAAGUGCAAUUGAAAAGAAUAAUGUUCCAAUUAUCAAAUUCCUUCUUCAAAAUAGUACAGAUGAAUAUUUGGAUUAUUCGCAACAAAGUUUAAAAGACAACAAAACAUUUGACUAUCCAUCCAGACUUAAACUUAUAAAACAAUAUGGUCUUUAG